AUGACCGAUAUCAAAAAGUUUAUGGUACAGUAUAAAGCCCUCCAGUACUCGCUUCUUGCGUGUAGCGCGUCCCACCUCCAUUUCGUGGAUGCUGCUCCGUGGAUGCAGGAGCUUGCAUUGGUUUACUACUCAAAUUCCGUCAAAGGACUUUCAGAGGCAUUAAGAGAGGGGGCUCAGUUGAAGAAUGAUGAUGCUUUCUUGACGUCAGUUAUUCUACUUUACAUUCAUGGGUGCAUGGGUCGAGGCACUUACACUGACAUACCCCUACAUGUUAAUGCAGCCACACGCAUCCUCAAACUACGUCUGCUUAGCAGUUCUGGAAACAUUAGUCGCCCGUUCGAUCGACUUGCCAUUGAGAGCGUCUUCUAUCAGAUUUUCCUUGUCACCACGGGCUCCUGGUCGGAUCCUCUUGAACUCGAUUAUCACUUCGAUGCCGGAUUUUGGCUACAAGCGGAACGCUUACUGGCCCAAUCAAACUUGUAUCUCGGCUGUUCUAUCGGCUUCAACAGUCCUGUCAUCGGGGUCCCAAUAGCUUUGGUUAGAAUCGUCCUAUCUCUCAAGCAAUUCUAUCAGAGCCCAUCGCAGCCUGAUCAAGGAACCCUAGACCAAAUCAGAGCUGAGUUGGACGAAUGGGAAAGCCUAGUGUAUAGUGGCCAAGAUUUGGACCACCUCUCAGAGCACGAACGGCCAAUUCUCAAUUUACAGAUGUAUAGAGACGCCGGGUAUCUGUACAUCCUUACCUCGUCUUUGUUACUUUAUCAGUUGUCUGGAAAAACGCGGACACCUGGACCGCCUCAAGCAGUACCAAGGACUUGUUGGCAGAUGAAAACGAUCCUCCAUAUUCUUCGAGGAUAUCGAGAUAAUGAUGACUGGGCAAGACUCUUACUUGGCAACUGGCCGGUCUACUCUGUCGGGUUUUUUAUGAGUCAUUCGGAGGAUAUAUGGCUUAUCCGAAACGAUCUGCAGCGAAGAUGGGACCUCGUCAAAUUCUCUCAAGUUAGUCGAUUCCGAACGGACUUGGAGUCUACCUGGAAUCUACGAGGAUAUGACAUCGACACUUCCUGCUGGUUAGGUCCCUAG